GUGCUUGCUAAAAAUUCCCAAAAAGAGAGAUACGACUUAUCUAGUCAAAAUGUCGAAGUGCCUUCAUUUCGGGUUUCUUUUGCUGCACCUAUGUAUAUGGUUACAAAUAUGACCGCGCUAAUUACUGGAAUCAAUUGCCCGUUGGUAGACGCCUUGAGGUUUUCCAGUAAAGAACUUUCACUGGUACAACACUUUGAUACUUGGGCUACAGAUGCAAGGGAUAUUAGACUACGAAAUUCUAGUUUUGUGGACAAUGGUUUGAUACAGGGCAGGAAUUUGUCGUUGAUUUAGGUUGUGCAUCUCUUCCUCCAUAUUCCUUUAAGUUCUACAUCAUAUGCACAUAUACUGUUUGAAGCAAUUAUAAAAGGAUCGAGUUGUUUAUUUGAAAAGUUGUAUGAUUGGGAGCAGUUAGGCAUAGUAGAAUUGGAUGUUGAGUCCUUUGAUAACAUUUAUCUUGAUAAAUGUUUCCGAGUACCUUAUAAUAUUGGAUCGACAUCUUGAUAAUUUUUUUAUGGAGUACGAGCAUGGCAUUAUAGUAAAAGAACUUCAUUAUGCUAAUGACAAGGUGAAAAUCUCCAAAUGUAAUGUGUCACCAAAGUUUGUGUGUGAGGUUUUGGAGCAGAUAGUGGGUAACCGUGUGAUGGAUGUGCGAAGACAAAACCAAUGAACAACGCUAAUCUCUCCUGCUUAUUUGAUAUGCAAUAUUCUCAUGAAAACUCUAGAAAGGCUUUCGCCAACCAACUAUUCUAGUUGGAGUGUGAAUUUGCAAGCUUAUUCUUAUUUCUCAACAGGUUUGGUUGUUUAUCUCACCUUUUUGAAUCUUCCAUUUGAUCCUGGUACACAGAAUAUUCAUCUACUCUAUGGAGCUGUCGAGACUAUGGUUACAAAUAGUAGUUUUCCUUUUACUUAUAUUUUAAUAGUUGCAUUGUGGGUUGAGCAAGUUCAUGGCCUUGGGCUGAAUCAUGUAAGCACUGCAGUGUUGCCAUCUAAAAAUUUUAGUUCCCUAGAGGUUCUCUUAGCACCCAAUCUAGUUAUCCUAGUGCGACAUAUGUGGAUAAAGCAGUGGAAUCCGCUACUUGAAGACAUUGAUCCAAAUAGUGCUGAUAUUAUUGAGCUUGAGAAAGCUAGGUAAUGGAAAGGCCAUAAGAUUAUCCCUUCAGCGAAUUUUAAAUCAUUGUCGAUGAUGCUAGUGGUUAGAUCAAUAGUGACCAUCAUAUUUAGUGAAGGGUAUCGCGUCACGAAAUACUAUGGAGACAGGUACAGUGCCAUGGCAGUGAGAUUAUGUCAAGAACAUGCUUUAGAAAUUUUUAUAUCUAAUCCUGCCAUAUGGGGACUCAAUUUUCAGUUAUUAACUAGACCCCCUACAAAUUUUCAAGUGUCUAUUGCUCUAUUAAAGCCUCAUGAGAAAUGUGCAGCAUUUUUUCGACCGAAACUAAUUGUUGCUAGUGCAAGUGCUUACGCUUGCCUAUUUGAUUAUGCGUGUAACCGCAGGACAUGUAACAAGAAAUUAGAAGGUGUUCUCUUAGCGGACAUGGCACAUAUCAAUGGUUUGGUUGCUGUGGAGGUUAUAUGUUCUCUUUUUGAGUAUGCAACUGUUGAUAAAUGUGCUACACAAUUUAUGGGUGCUCAAGUUUAUGUUUUAGUUGUGUUGGAAAAGAGAUUCUUUGCCUUUGUGGAUUUUGAUAAUGAGCAGCACAUGUUUGUUGAUGAUCCCAUGGAUUGCGCUACUAACACUAUUCUUGACUCGAACCUUAAGGACAAGGUUCUUAUUGAGGACGGGAGUAUUGUUAUGAAUCAACCCAAGCCCAAUGUCGAAACCUGUAGGGAUGUCACACAAGCAACUGUUGGGCUGAGAAAUAAGACCAGAAGAUCCUCACAAAGGUUGAUUUGGGAUCCAGGCCCAAUUAGCAACUGAUUUAAAAGGACUAGCAGUUAGAAAGAAUAGGUUAUGUGUAUUAUGAAGAAACUAUGUGUUCUUCUUAUUCCCUUUCUUAGAGUCUAACUUCUCAUCCCCUUUCUCAAAGUAUAACUUCUCAUCUCCAUUCUUAUCUUUAUCCUUAGUUACUUGUUAUUUCUAAUUUAGUAGUUUAAGUAUUUUCAUUGUAAUUUGGCUGUCAGUGAUUAUAUAAUACUUGAGUAUUUGUGUUGAGAAUUCCAGUUUGUUGCAAGUUCACUGGUGCUCCUAUUUUAUCUAUCAUUCUUUAACUCUCUCA